AUGGAUGAAAAACCAACAAUCACACAUUCAUACCGAUCAGAUCCAACUUUUCUUCUCGGCUUAAGGGACUCGCGAGCAUCUCGCUGGUCCUGGGCGUUGGCCAUCUGCUCUCUAUUGGGGGGAGGCUGGUUCUUUUGGUCGCACUGCUUCCAAGGUCGCUUGCUCCGUAUUGAGGAACGAGUGGAGAAUAUCCUGAAACACACUCCACUGAUCGAUGGUCACAAUGACCUGCCUAUAAAUAUCCGAAAACACUACAAGAAUCACAUUUAUGGAUCUAAUUUUACCCUGCCUUUUGCUGAUGGCACCAUGGAGGGUCACGCAGACUUGCUCCAUUUGAAGCAAGGCCUUGUCGGGGGCACAUUCUGGAGUGUUUUUGUGCCUUGCCCGAAGGAUUGGGACGACUUUUCGAAUAUUAAUUACGCGGCUGAUCUUCGGAUGACUGUCGAGCAAAUUGAUGUCAUGUUUCGUAUUCAACAAGCCUACCCAGACGUCUUUUCUCCUCCCCCUAAUGGCACUACCGCUAUAAAAGCAUUUCGAGAAGGGAAGAUCAUCUCGCCUCUUGGCAUCGAAGGUCUACAUUCUAUUGGAAACUCCUUUGCACAUUUACGCAUGUUCUAUGAAAUGGGAGUUUCAUAUGCAACCCUAACGCACAACUGCCACAACAUCUACGCAGAUGCAGCAAUCGUCAAGUUGCCAGACGGUAGGAUUAGAAAGUCAAGUCCUCUCUGGUACGGCGUGAGCCCGGCGGGGAAAGACCUUGUCUAUGAAAUGAACCGUAUAGGCAUGAUUGUUGAUCUUUCCCAUGCGAGUGAGCAUACAAUGCGUGAUGUACUUGGCGCAGGUAAGGAUGACUGGCCUGGUAGUCAGUCACCGGUUAUAUUUAGCCACAGCUCGGCCCAGGCACUAUGCCCACAUCCUCGCAAUGUCCCUGAUGAUAUUCUAACUUUAGUAAAGAAGAGAAACUCUGUGGUUAUGGUUAAUUUUGCCCCCGAUUUUAUCUCCUGUACAGUAUCUGGUUCCAAACAUGGGCUACCUAAAACAGAUUAUAAACAUGCGACUCUGGGGCGGGUUGUGGACCAUAUCAUGCAUAUCGUGAGUGUUGCCGGAGUCGAGCACGUCGGGCUGGGCAGUGACUUCGAUGGAAUGCCAAAUGAGGCACGGGGCUUGGAGGAUGUGUCUAAGUUCCCAGAUCUUAUUGCUGAACUUUUGCGUCGUGGUCUUGACGAUGAGGAUGCUGCCAAGAUAGCGGGGGGUAAUGUACUACGGGUUUGGAGGGAUGUUGACCAGAUUGCUCUGCAGAUGCAGGCUGGGGGCUCUCUUCCUGUAGAGGACUGA